AGUGGGAGAAAAAGAAGAAGCUGCAACUGCAAGGAGGAAAAAUCCACAAAAAGCGUCGCCAUCAUGUGCCCGUCCUUUGAGCCUCCUUCAAUCUCUUCGCUUUCCGUUUUUCUAUUUCUUUUCUCCCGAGAAGAUUUCGAUUCCCCCACCUACCCUAACGGCUCCGCAUCGCAUUACUACUGGAAUUUGUAGCCGUUACCAUGGACACCCGACGAUUUUCCUGCUAUAAAUCCUCCUCCAUCCUCUGAUUUUGGCGAUCACCAAAUCCUCCGCCCUCGAUUUCACGUAUCUGUAGCUCUUUCUUCGAUUUCAGAUCUGGUUGUUGCAGAAAUCAGGUACGAUUAAUGGCGGCGGCGGCGGCUCUCUGCUUUUCGCUUCUGUUCCUCUCUUUCCUCUCAGAAGGAGAUUUGCUGGCGGUGAAUGGAGAGAAGACGUGGUGCGUCGCGAGGCCGUCGUCGGAUAAAGCUACGCUACUGGCGAAUAUCAAUUACGCUUGCUCGCAGGUGGAUUGCAGGAUAAUGCAGAAGGGAUGCCCCUGCUUUUAUCCUGAUAAUCUGAUCAACGGCGCCUCCGUAGCCAUGAAUCUCUAUUAUCAUUCCAGAGGGAAGAAUCAGUGGAACUGUGAUUUCAGAGGCUCUGCUCUCAUUGUCAUCACUGAUCCAAGUUAUGGAAACUGCAUUUACCCUUGAAAUUAUAUAUAGAUUAUAAAGUUUGCUCUGAUUUUUAUUGAAGAUUCGAUGUAAGUGAGAAAGAGAUAGGAUACUGAAUUAAUGAAAGCUACUACAUCAGAAAUUUGGGCUUUAGCAUCAAUUAUUUAUUGUUAACUUUUUUUUUUUUAAAAAUUCAACAAUAACAUCUAAUAUUAAUGUGCC